AUGCAUUCUCCAUCCACCCAGCUCCUUCGGAUAUUGCGAGCGUCCAUUACGUCGUUCGAAGGGGCCAUUGCGCAACAACCACAUCUCCGCCGGUGUCCGGUUUCCCGACCCGCCAAUCCCCCCUUCAUCGUGCCGAUUUUGCAGCAACACCGCGCGAUAUCCUCUUCGGUCGCCCUGAAUGGCCCGGAAAGCAGCAACCAUGGUGGCAACGGCAGGCAACCGCCCCUUCAGCCUCCACGACGGGCCCCGCCGCCACAGCCCCGUCGCCGCACUGAGCUCACCACCGCAGACCUGAAGCCGAAAUCCCGCUACCGCGGGCCGCCGCCGCCGGAAGACUCGGACACGAACACGAGCAUGCGGACGGAUCUUGGGGCGUUGGAUGUCUUUGCCAACGUUGCGGCUCCAUCCACGGCGAUUGAUGCUUGUUUGGAAGAUGGGUUUCAUCUAAAUAAUGGGGUUAAGAUUACCGAUGGGAGUGGGUGCUUGUUGGUCGAUGGCGAGGUGUUUGCGUGGAAGCCGUGGGAGGCUGGGAAGGGAGCCAUGGUCAAUGAGAAGGGCCAGUGGGAGGUUGCGGAAGAGGCCUGGGGUGUUUUGAGUUUGGUGUGGCCGAAGCCUGACCUGCUUAUCCUUGGUCUUGGUAGGACUAUUCGCCCUAUUUCGCCGGAGACGAGAAGGCAUAUUAACCAGCUCGGAAUACGUAUUGAGAUACAAGAUACAAGAAACGCCGCUGCGCAGUUUAAUCUUCUUGCUACGGAGCGAGGAGUUCGAGAAGUUGCUGCGGCACUGAUUCCUCUAGGACGGGAAGGUUAG